AUGGUCCUGAUUAAGGAGAAGACCUGGUACGCAGUGAAGGAGGUAGCUGAAGGUGAACCGGCAGUGAGCGAAGAAAUUUCCCUGCAAGCAUUGGCUACAAUAUGUCUCAGCAUUGAUUCAAGCAUAUACGGACUGUUGCGGGAUGCUAAAAAUGCGUGGGACAAUCUUUGGAACACGUACGAGCAUAGUGGAUCAACCAGGAAGAUUGGUCUACUGCAACGGCUCACAGGUAUUCGUAUGGUUGGAGCUGAACGUGAUGAAGACAUCAUUUGUCAGACGACUCAGCAGUAUGUGAAUGAGUUGUUCACGACGAGUCAUCAGAUGGCAGAAGUUGGAUUUAAGGUCGAUGACGCUUGGUUGGCCAGUUUGCUCAUGAAAGGCUUGCCAAAGCAAUAUGAUCCUAUGAUCCUUGACCUGGAGUCAUCCGGAAUCAAGCUGACUGCGGAUAUAGUGAAAGCGAAAAUCUUGCAAGAUGUUAAAGUUUCGAGCGAAAAGCAGGCUGUGGAAGCAUUCCUGAGCAACUCGAAAUCGACGAUGAAGAAGCGUAGCGAUAAAUCUAAAUCUAGUAUUCAGUGCUACCGAUGCAAGAAAAUGGGCCACUAUGCAUCUCAGUGUUCGAGUCAAUCAUCUGACAAGAAGAAAGAAGAGAAGCACAGCAGCAGUGGUAAUGCUGCAUUUUUCGCAGCUUUUAAUGCAUGUCAGUCGCCUGCAGCAGCGGAGGAAGAAUGGAUUUUUGAUUCUGGCGCAACGUCUCAUUUGUACCGAAAUAGCAACUUGUUGGUUGAUGCAGAGAAUGUUUCGUCAAGCAUCAACGUAGCCAACAACACUGCUGUUCCAGUGGUUGCAAAAGGUUUGGUGAAAGUAUCGGCAGAUGUUGGAAGGUCAACGUGUGAAAUUUCGAUGAACGAUGUCCUGUUUAUACCGGAAUUGGCAGUGAAUCUUUUAUCCGUUAGCAAGAUGUGUCAGAAGUACUACGUUCCGAAUGACGUUCCGAAAACAGACGUGUAA